GUCGGAAAAUAAAAAAAUCAGUAAAGGCCUCAAAGAAAUCGGAGAAUGAUGAAUAACAUCUUGGUCUUAAUAGGCUUUUCGAGUGUUAUGCUCGUUGCUGGCUUAGAUGAUAUGAACUGUUUCUCCCUGCAAAGCGAAUUUUGUCCCAAUGCCAACAUUUCCUUUUGGCUAUACACAAAAGAAAAUCAGGAUGGAACUAAGCUUUCAGUAUUUGAACUUAAUCGGCUUGAAUUUAAUCACCACAAACCGCUCAAGGUUCUGAUCCAUGGAUUCAACGGGCACCGCGAUUUCAGUCCCAAUAUCCAGCUACGUCCGCUGUUCCUGACACAGGAUUAUAACUUGAUAUCCUUGGACUAUCCAAAACUAGCCUAUGAACCCUGCUAUACGGAAGCGGUUCACAAUGCCAAAUACGUAGCUCGCUGUACUGCUCAGUUGCUACGAGUACUCCUCGAGAGCGGAUUGGUCAAAAUUGAGGAUCUGCACCUAAUUGGCUUGGGCUUAGGUGCCCAUGUGGCCGGGUUCAUUGGGCAGUUUCUUCCGGAACACAAGCUGGAGCACAUCACAGCCCUCGAUCCGGCAAAGCCAUUUUACAUGGUCAAGGAUCCGGCUCUAAAGCUCGAUCCCACUGAUGCCAAGUUCGUGGACGUCGUGCACACGGAUGUGACGAUGCUUGGCUUACUGGAUGCAGUGGGCCACGUGGACUUCUACUUGAACAUGGGUGUCUCACAGCCCAACUGCGGACCCGUUAAUAAGAUGGAGACCCAUUUCUGCUACCAUAACCGAGCCGCAGACUAUUAUGCCGAGUCUAUUUCUUCACCUUAUGGAUUCUAUGGCUUCUACUGUCCCAAUUUUAAAAGCUUCGCCAAGGGAAUUUGCGUUCCUGAUAAAAAUGUAGAGCUGAUGGGCUUCCACGUCGAUCCGAAAGCCAGAGGCAGGUAUUUUCUGGAUACCAAUAAUGGUCCUCCUUAUGCCAAGGGCGAGAACUUUUCCUCAAUAAGCCGCCAGCUAAAAGGUCGCACUUUCGUGAACGAUGAUAUUAUAGAUAAAAUGAUUGAAUCAUAGUAAGGGAUGCUAUCCAGUUAUUUAAGAGAAUAUUAUUAUUUCAUAAAUAAACAUGGAAUAAUGU